AUGACUGAUAAAUCCAAUGGUGUGCAGAGCUCCCCAGCCAAUAACCACAACCAUCAUGCACCUCCUGCUAUCAAGGCCAAUGGCAAAGGUGACCACAGGACCAGCAGCAGGCCACAGUCUGCGGCUGAUGAUGACACCUCCUCAGAGCUGCAGAGGCUGGCGGAGAUGGAUGCCCCACAGCAGAGGAGGGGUGGCUUCCGCAGGAUCGUCCGCUUGGUGGUGGUCAUCAGAGAGUGGGCCAACAAGAAUUUCCGCGAGGAGGAACCUAGACCUGACUCUUUCCUCGAGCGUUUCCGUGGGCCCGAGCUCCAGACCGUGACAACACAGCAGGGGGAUGGCAAAGGCGACAAGGACAGCGAGGACAAGGGCACCAAGAAGAAAUUUGAACUAUUUGUCUUGGACCCGGCUGGGGACUGGUACUACCGCUGGCUGUUUCUCAUUGCAAUGCCUGUCCUCUAUAACUGGUGCCUGCUGGUGGCCAGAGCCUGCUUCAGUGACCUACAGAGAGGCUACUUCAUGGUGUGGCUAGUGCUGGACUACUUCUCAGACGUGGUCUACAUUGCAGACCUCUUCAUCCGAUUGCGCACAGGUUUCCUGGAGCAGGGGCUGUUGGUCAAAGAUACCAAGAAAUUGCGGGACAACUACAUCCACACCCUGCAGUUCAAGCUGGAUGUGGCAUCCAUCAUCCCCACGGACCUAAUCUAUUUUGCUGUGGGCAUCCACACCCCUGAGCUGCGCUUCAACCGCCUGCUACACUUUGCCCGCAUGUUUGAGUUCUUUGACCGCACUGAGACGCGCACCAGCUACCCUAACAUCUUCCGCAUUAGCAAUCUGGUCCUCUACAUCUUGGUCAUUAUCCACUGGAAUGCCUGCAUCUACUAUGCCAUCUCCAAGUCCAUCGGCUUUGGGGUUGACACGUGGGUAUACCCCAAUAUCACUGAUCCUGAGUAUGGGUACUUGGCUAGGGAGUAUAUCUACUGCCUUUACUGGUCCACACUGACCCUCACCACCAUUGGGGAGACACCACCUCCUGUAAAGGAUGAGGAGUACUUAUUUGUCAUCUUUGACUUCCUGAUUGGUGUCCUCAUCUUUGCCACCAUUGUGGGAAAUGUGGGCUCCAUGAUCUCCAACAUGAAUGCCACCCGGGCAGAGUUCCAGGCCAAGAUCGAUGCUGUCAAACACUACAUGCAGUUCCGCAAGGUCAGCAAGGAGAUGGAAGCCAAGGUCAUUAAGUGGUUUGACUACCUGUGGACCAAUAAGAAGAGUGUGGAUGAGCGGGAAGUUCUCAAAAACCUGCCAGCCAAGCUCCGAGCUGAGAUAGCCAUUAAUGUCCACCUGUCCACCCUCAAGAAAGUGCGCAUCUUCCAUGACUGUGAGGCUGGCUUGCUGGUCGAGCUGGUACUGAAGCUCCGUCCUCAGGUCUUCAGUCCUGGGGAUUACAUUUGCCGCAAAGGGGACAUUGGCAAGGAGAUGUACAUCAUCAAGGAAGGCAAGUUGGCAGUGGUGGCUGAUGAUGGUGUGACUCAGUAUGCACUGCUCUCGGCUGGGAGCUGCUUUGGAGAGAUCAGUAUCCUUAACAUUAAGGGUAGCAAAAUGGGCAAUCGACGUACGGCCAAUAUCCGCAGCCUGGGCUACUCAGAUCUCUUUUGCUUGUCCAAGGAUGAUCUUAUGGAAGCCGUGACUGAGUACCCUGAUGCUAAGAAGGUCUUGGAGGAGAGGGGUCGGGAGAUCCUGAUGAAGGAGGGGCUGCUGGACGAGAAUGAGGUGGCAGCCAGCAUGGAAGUGGAUGUGCAGGAGAAGCUGGAGCAGCUGGAGACCAACAUGGAGACCUUGUACACUCGCUUUGGCCGCCUGCUGGCUGAGUACACGGGAGCCCAGCAGAAGCUCAAGCAGCGCAUCACGAUUCUGGAGACCAAGAUGAAACAGAACAAUGACGAUGAUUACCUGUCAGAUAGCAUGAACAGCCCCGAGCCAGCUGCUGCUGAGGAGCCAUGA